CGAUUUAUAUAGCACAGUUAAAUAUUAUAAAAAUGGAUCAGUGUCCUAUAACUUUUGAGCGUUGACGUAUAUCCAUCCUUGUCGCGCAACCGAGUAUGUCUGUCUUUUACGAACAGUAUAUUCUCCUUGUCGCACAAUAUCUCCUAAAUUGUACCUCUUCUAGCCUCCUGCUUUUCGGCUACCAGAAGCAACAGUGUUCCUCGGAUUAUUGUAACAUCGGAUCGAGCAUUUACAACGAACCGUGGCCAGCAAAGUCUUGAACGUGUUCUCUGAGCGCAAGAUUUAUGAGUACUGCUUGAAUAGCUUUGCCUCAGGUGCAGCCAUAAUUCAGUAUCGUCUGUCAUCAUAUUACUAUCACUGUGGGUCGGAAGAACGUUAACAUGAAAAACUUCAUAUUAUUCGUUUUACUGCUGUUGAUCGCGAAAGUUCGUCUUCAAAACCAGAACGAAAAGAAGAACCUUUGCGCAUAUUUGCACUGCAACGAAAACGAGGUCUGUGUACACCGGAAGUUCCGCUGCCGAAAUCCUCCAUGCCCCGGGAUGCUAUAUUGCGCGAAAUCUCGAACAGAAUCGUUAAGAGGACCUUCUACCUGUGAUAACGUACUUUGCACGAGUGGACAUGUGUGUAUGCUGAAAGUUCGUGGAUGUCGUUGGGAUGAAAUGAAGUGCGAACAACAAAUCGCUAGAUGCGUAUCCCGGAAAGAAUACGACGAAGGUCCUGCUUCGUGUGUUGGCUUCAAAUGUCCUCAAGGAAGGCACUGCAUUCUGCGGGAGUCAUUCUGUGUCAGACCUCCUUGUAAACUAUUGAAAAGCUGCGGAAAAAACAAAGAUGUGCACGUUUGGUUCGGUAAAUGUCGACACUUGGGUUGCCCGUCUGAGUUUGAGUGCUUUUUAAGGAAACCAGAAAACACCUGCCUGAAACCACCGUGUAAACAUACUCCAGAUUGCGUAACAACAACAGGAGACGAAAUAACGAAUGAACACUGUCGUGGAUGGAUAUGUCCGAGGCCGCAAAAAUGUUCCGCAAAAAUUGUAGGAAACUGUGAAUUAGACGAAUGCAGUGUAGAAAGAACAUGCCAGGAAGUGUCAUCGAAUUAUUCUGUAAUUAAUACCAAGGUACCUUGGAACAAUAGUCAAGAGACCAAUGAAAAAAUCAAAACUCCACAUUCAUGGUUGAACCAUUUAAAAUCGACGACCGAAUUGGACGCCAUUGAACUUUGGAUAAAGAACGCUGAGGGACAAAGAGACUUUAAGCAAUUUCAAGAUUGGCUACAAUCUGUCAAGGAUAUAUUGGGACCCGGCGCAUACAGCCACUGGCUCGAGGAAAUUUUGUCCUCGAGAGGCGAAGAAUUUCGAAAAUGGCUACGAGCUUCACACGUCGACAAGCUGGAUAGCGAGAAACCGAUAUUUCCAGGAGGAGACCGACCACAGGACCAAGCACCGCAUGUCCUGACGGAAAAUCGAUAUCCUGAUGUCCUCGAUACGCUGACCACUCCUUCAGAAAAUUCAAGUACGAAGAAUGAAGAAAACUUUCUCGCGAACGAAAAGAAUAUAACAAGCGUUAUAGAAAAUCUUCUCAUUUCCAAUAAAAUUUUGGAGACCGCUCUUCUGGAUAAUCUUAGGCAAUCCAAUCGAUCGCCGUUCCUCGAUUACAUUUUGAAAUAUCCUCUGCACGCGGGGGAGCUGAAUUUAUCUUCUUUAUUACCGAAGAAUAAAAACAUGUAUGAACAACCCUACUUUGUGUUUCCCGUGGGACACAUAAAAGUCACUGAAAGUUCUAUGUUCGACGAUCAGGACUCUCGUUCUCAUGGUGAUUCUCCAAAUCAAAAUGGAAGGAGAGUACAAAAUGGAGAGACGUUAGGACGGGGCAAUAUUAAACAUACCAAUGUUUCAGAGUUGUCAAGAAACUUGACAGUUCUCGAAGAAAAAAUAUACGAAGAUUUUAAAAAAACCCAGGAAGAAAAGCAUAAUAUUGAAAAUCCUGUGAGUCUUCCUGAAGAUAUUAAGUUGUUAAAUAAAAAUCAAUAUUUUGAUGAAAUUUCUACAGAUGCAUUGGAAAAAUUGAUUAAAUCUUUCCAAUUUUCAUCGAUGGGAGAUGUACAUCAUACUUUCAACGAUAAACCUUUUGGAAGAUAUGAACAGAAUAUCCCGCCAGAAAUUGUACAAAAUGGAGGACACUACAGAAACGAAAAUGAGAAAACUGAUCACAGAAAUAAGCUAAACAAUCAAACUUCUACAGAAAAUCCAAAACGUUUUAUUUAUAACAACAAAAAUGAUAACUUCUCACCGCAUUUAGAAUCAAACAUCUCUUUAGAUGGACCAGGUAAUAUUCACACACUCAAUCAUUCGGAUCAAUUAAGCAGUAUUUAUUCACCAGAGGCAAUAUUUAAACAAAUCAAUGACGACAAUAUGAACGAAAUGGAUCUAAAACUUCUUCUGGAAUUGAACAAGGAAAAUUAUCUACCUUACAUACAAAACAUAAUGGACGCCAUGAACGAAGAGAAUACUUCUCUGAUCAAUGGGGAGCCCAAUCAGGAAGAAACUUUAAUGAAACACUCUUUUUUGAAGGAUAAUAACCUUCGAAGUGCUAAUGAUGCCUCCGACAAAUCGAUUUCUGAACAAAUAACGUGGAGCAAUGCUUCUGCCGAUAAAAAGUUAUAUAAUUUGAACGCUACAUAUGAUUCGGGGUUUUUGAAGCAUAAAAAGUUUGGUGAUUCCCAUCAGAGUACAAUGGAAACGGUUUCAUCAGGAGUGAAGCAACAAAAUGAUUCGAGGACAACUGGACUAAUUUAUACGGACCAGGAACCUACGAUUCGAUCAUUUUACAGUCCACCGAGUUAUGGUGCCAGUAAUACUGACAUUGGUGACGGAGAUUACAAGCUUGAAACUAAUGGAGAAGAUUAUGUUGAUAAGGAUGAUCCUCAGUCUGUAGCCGAUUAUAUAAAUCGUAAUUGAUACGAACUAUGGACAAUUUGAUUAGUAUUAUUCAUGAGCAAUAAACGUUGUAAAUCUGUUUUUUAUAUUUUAGUAAGCAAUGAAAGUUAUUUUUUUGUA